AGUAAUAGUGAAAAGUAUGGAGUGAAAACAGAGUACAGUAUUUAAUGAUUUUGUAUAACGGACGCUAGUCUUCAGAGUUAUUUUAUAUUAAUGUUCGCAAAAGCAGGUUGACAAAGAAAUUAUUAUAAAGGUGACAAUGACGACUUCAGAACAAAUAGGUUUAAAUAAGAAUUGGGAGCUUUCUCUAUAUGAAUUACACCGUACUCCACAAGAAACCAUAACUGACAAUACUGAAAUUGCCGUUUCGCCUCGAAGUUUGCACAGUGAAUUGAUGUGUCCUAUUUGCCUGGACAUGUUGAAAAAAACUAUGACGACUAAGGAAUGUCUUCAUAGGUUUUGUUCUGAUUGUAUCAUCACCGCAUUGCGUUCUGGAAAUAAAGAAUGCCCUACAUGCCGAAAAAAGCUAGUUUCAAAAAGAUCGUUGAGGCCCGACCCAAAUUUUGACUUGUUGAUUUCAAAAAUUUAUCCUAGUAGAGAUGAGUAUGAGGCUCACCAGGAAAGAGUUUUGGCAAAACUAAAUAAGAGUCAUUCGCGCGAAGCACUGGUUCAAUCCAUCAAAGAGGGAAUAAAAAUUCAGUCCCAGAAUAGACCAAACAGAGGGAGAAAGACUAAUGAGACAACCAUUGCUGAAACUCAAGAUGAAAAUGCAUCUAGUGUUGCAAAUAAUGCUGGCGAAGUGGUAAGAAAAUGAAAUUUAUUAUUGAAC